AUGCCUAGUAUCCCGGCCGCUAAAAACGCGAACAAAGAAGGUAAGGCUAAUUUAACUGAUAUUUUGGAAGCAAGGGGUGAUUUUUAAAGUUUUAUAACAUGGAAUAAUUCAAUUGAAGUGAAUUUAGUGCAAGGUAAUUUGACAAUUUUCAAUACAGGCAUGGCGAAAACCACUACAGAAGACAGCGACACCGAUGAAAGCUACGACAGUUUGCCUGAAUUGGUGGCUUGCACGGACGACGAGGUUAGAAAAGUUGAUUUUAUUUGUAAUUUCCGUGUACGUCAUUGCAUUUAUGGCCGGUGAAUAACGCGAGUUCAAAACUCUUGUUACCUUAACUAAAGGACUCCGAGGAUGAAGGUUACCGUAAGAAGUCUGCGUCCAAGACUAAAACCAAGGGAAAGGACAAAUCAACAGCGAAGGCAAAAAACAAUGGUCAGUUUAUUAUGAGACUCCGAAUUAGACAUAAACUUGAUAGUCAGUGCUGUGAAUGAGAAAUACAAAAGGAUAAAAGUAGAACCUGUAGAACUCGCUAUCACUGAAAUUACUAAAUUAACCACGUUGUUAAUUAAAAUUGAUUUGGCAAUGAUGCUUACGUUGCAUUAAUCUGAAUAAAGAUACAUCGGAAUUUAUAUCAGAAUCGAGUUACUUCGAGAGACCUGAUAGGCCAAAAACCUUUCGUUUAUUGCACUGGUAAAACCAAAGAAAUUGAUGCAAUUCAAAUUUAUUCAUAAAAGUAAUAAACCGCAUUUUCUAUCGGUUUUAUGAUGUAAUAAUCCCUUUGAUAGGUUGGGUGAACACUCGAAAAGUUUGCAAAUCCCUUACCUCUAUCUCAUAAUUUGUAUACUUCUUUGUGUUCUCCAUUGUCCAGCAUGGUUUGUUAUGCUGGUAAACCAAAAAAAAAGGAAAUGAACACACCAGCUCAAACGUCUUUGUAAUUAAGACUUUUCUGUAUUGUCAAUUAUUUUGUAAUCAUGACAAAUGAAGAGUUAAGUUCCUUCUGCUCAAAGCCAAGAAUUUGUAAUGUUAGGAUCAGUCAUUUUACUUGAAGUCUAGUGAUGACUAUUCCCACCAGUUUCUCUCUUUUGACCAAAAACAGUGGAGUAACACUCAAACUCCCAAGAUUCCCAUCACCUACUGCCAUACAUUUGCUUGUAACUGAGAUGAAAGAAUUUGGUGUGACAGGUGUUAUUAAUGUUGUAUUUAAUCAUUUGUUUUGUGGAUAGUGUCUUAAAUAUUGCAUCUUAAAUAUUGCAUCUUGAGAAUUGAUUUGUGAAAAGCAGACAACAGGAUGGCUGAUUUCUAUCUUGUUGUACUCUUUGCACUUUCCAAACCUUCUUAAAGUGCCUAUGACACAAAAUUCUUUUUUGUAUAAAUAUUUAGCUUAUCAUAUGUACAAACCAAUUCUGAUAGAAGAAAAAUUUCAAAAAACUUAAAACUCGGUUUUUUUGGGCCCUGAAGUGCUCUUAUUCUGUUUUAAACGUCUCCCGUGGACUGGUAACAAAUUAGUAGGUGAUUAUGUAGAAAACUGUGAAAAUUCUCAGUUGACACCUACAUCUUUUGUAAUUUUGUAUCUGUCAGCAUUGAAAUACUCUUGAAAUAAUAUGUAAUAGAGAUGUAUACCCACCUUCAGCAAGCUCUACUGAGAAUUGUGAUGCGUCAUACUUAAGUAAUAGUGAAGAAAUGGAAGUUGUGAGUAUGGUUCAGCCCUAUGAAGGAGAACUGCAUGCAUCAAACAGAGAUUUCGACAAAGACUGACAAAGACGGUUUCUCAACUGCAGUGUUCAGGUCAAGAUUAGAGUAAAAAAUUUCUGUUACUGAAUAUUUAGUUUGUUGUGUUUGUGUUUUGUUUUCUAAGGCGAAAUCUAUGGUAAGAAUAGCUAGUUGUGUUUGUUUCUGUUGCCAUAACAUUUUAUUCCUUCACACUGUGUGACAAAGGUUCCCCGUAGUCAGUGCUCUAGAGUUUCAUUGCUAUAGAGAAAUUCCUGGAGUAAACCAAGAACUAACUUUCGACAAAAGAAUCAGCUGUAUCAAGAGGCACAGUAAUUUUUCACCAAGAAGUCAUCAGGCAGUUUCACUGCAAGUUGCUCCUUUCCUCAGAGAUUGUAAAGGUAGAGGCUAUCGUCAUGAUCAUCGAGCCAAUCAAACCAAACAGAAAACAAACCCCAACCCUAAGCUAUAAUCAACAACAGGAAGAGCACUAUUCUUUGCUUGCAAAAUGUCAACUAAAAAGAAUGUGGAACAAUCGUGUACAGUGUGGGAACAGGCUGCUUAAUCAGCACUCUUUUUAGCUGACUUUGAUUAUCUUCUGAUUUGAAUAGUGGUACAUGUUCAUAACAGGCAUCUUCAAAGCUUGCAUGGAGCACAAGGCAGAUGACAUUGAAGAGUAAAAUCUCCUUGAUGUUGACAAUCGAGACAUGUCCAUUUUGGCCAUAGAGCUACAUCCUUCGGAAAGUAGUGUGUAGAAAUACAUGUAUAAAUGUAUUAUUCUUGUAGCUAACAUCAUUUGGCACUCUGGUCAUGCAAUACAUUUGCCCUUUCUUCUAGAUUUUUCCUUUCUCCACCAUAGUUGCCAACAUGUGUUCACAGUUUUCAAUGUCACAGCUAUGUAACAUGAUCGUUUUGGUCGCGCGCUUAAUGGGGGCACUUUUUGGCUGCCAAAUCAUACUUUCAAUGCACAAAAAAAUGGUCAAGGAAAACUCACUAGGCACUAAAGUUGAUUAUUUCUACUUUUAAAUAAAGCUAUCAACCUGAAAAUGCAAAAAAUAUUUCAUGUCACAGGCACUUUAAGAGGAAGCAGUUACAAAUGAUUCUAAAACAUUUUUAGAGAAUUAACAAACAUUUAACAUGAAUAUGUGGGGUCAACUUAAAAUAGCCUGUGAGAAUGACAGUGAUUACAACCCUUUUGUUUUUCUUCUUGUUUUCUACUGUUUCUACUUGGUUUGAUGUUUCAUUUUCUUUUUCUUUUUUUUAUCAAAUGAUAGCUGAGUGUGCAGAUAUUUGGUAUAAACUGAGCAAAGAUGAAAAGGAAAGUCACAUCCGUGUCAUGAGGAUUUACCUACUAUCACCUUUCCUGUUUGGUCAAGUUUAUCAAGAUGACAAGGUAAGACACAUUUGUUAUACUCAUUUCAAGCCUGGUUUAAACAUCACUAAAAGUGAGUGAAACCUAAUUUGUUGAGUUUUGACAUGAGAGUUUUGGCUGAAUCAAUUUACUUGUUAGACUGAAAUGUUUAACGUGUGUGUUGCUACAUUUGAUUUGGGGCUUAGUGUCUAAAUGACGUAAGGUUUUGUUAUUGAACAGAACACUUUCAUAUGUUCUUUUUCUUAGUGGAUUAACUGGGCAUAUGAUUGCAAGCUGUUACCCUCCAAGAGGUAUAAUAUUAAUUUGUUUUUAUGGUCUCAGUCAGUAGUAGUUUCAAAAAUCAGGAUUCAGUAUUACAAUUUGGGAGAAGAUGUGAAUGACACUUGUUCAGUGCUGAAUAGAUUCCUUAAGAUUACACUAUUUUUACCCAAAUUUUCUCAUUCCUUUUCUUGUACUAUUUUUGCAGUUAUGAUUAACUCCAGCCCUUUCACUUCCAAGAUAAAAAAAAAUUAACAUACAUACAUUGCUUAUAAUUUUAGCUUAAAUUUUGUGAAUUUGGUGGCCAAUCAAACCUUAUCCCUAAACAUGAUAUGUUUUCUUUCCUUCUUAACACCUUUUUAUUAGAAAAUUUAUUAAUAUUUUAAGGAGACAUUUCUUUUUGGUUACUUCUGGGAAUGAAAGGGUCAAGCUUCACAGGAAAUUUUAAUGGGAUUAAAAGGCUAGUAUCAUUGAUUGACAAUUAAUGGAUUGAUAAGUUUUUAGCUGAUAGUUCCUUCCUCAAAUUCCUUGGGGAUUAUAUCUAUGUGGGACUGGAAUCACUCAGUCAGUCUGGUAUUGGGGUGAUUAAAAUUUAUUUUCUGCUUCUAUGAUGUCAUUUGGUGGAUCAUGCACUCUUUAUUAAAUAGCUGGUGACUUCACUAGUGAAACAAGUGCCUGUGCUUGUGAAGUCAGGUUAGGACCAUAUAAGUGUUAGGUAGACACUUUCAACAAGUUGAAGGGGCCCCCUAAAAAGUCAUUGUCUAAUUGCAGAAUACAACAAAAUGUAAACCAUGCAGAUUGUUGUGUUUUUUGGUGACUUAGAGAGAAUUAGAAGCAAGUCCCUCUAGGGCAUUUAAGGGUUAAUGAGGAAUUCAGGGUAAACACCAUAUGGUAGGCAUUGUUUCUGGAAGAGACUAAAACUGUCAUAUCAAAUUUUAAAAUGGGAUAUCACUUCAAGGUUAGAAUUUUUAGGCUCUCCUCUACCUAGCACCUUUCCUGAUUGUAUUUUUGUUUUUGUUUUUCUCUACUAGCGACUUUGAGAUAAAGGAAUUGAGUGAGGAGCGUUUUAAUGUAGUGGAUUUAGUUGAAACAGCAUUCAACAAACUGGCUGAAAACGUGGUUAGUGUAGUGCUUUUGAAUUAAUCAUGUCCAAUGAGAAGACUAUCUUUGAUUGUAGUGCCCCCAUUAAAAUGCAUACUUGAUUGAUUAUUCUUUAGCUUCUAAAAAAUAAAGAUGGUUUGGUUAAGACACUGGACAUUAUGGGAAAUCCAAGAAUGACAAUGGUAAGUAUGUUAAGAUAGAGCUGAAACUGGUGGUGUUUGUUACAGACCUCUUUACUAAGCAAGGCAAGCAUUACCACUUUUGCAAACAAUUAUUGUUGUUUGAAACAUGGCUAUGUAUGGGCUGUGUAAUUAAUCUGUUUUCUGUCCAAACUUUUUUGCUUUAUUUUUCUUUGACCAGUCCCAACACAGUGACAAGGCAAUAACCUGUGCAGAGAGUUUUCUUUCCUUCAGCAACACAAGGUAAUCAGGUUUUUACUCUCUAAAAUGUGCAACGGUUUUCUUAAAGGUUACAUCAAGUCAACCAAAGGUUAUAAAGUAGUCUUUAGUGAAAAAAGAAAAGGGAUGUUUCACACAUUUUGCACAAUGGGUUGUGUUAAUGACUAUAUGUCUAUGAGCAUGUUCAAGCUUGCUUUCCUAAAAAGAAUUUAAAGGUGCACACAUCACCCAAAGGCCCAAUAUGUGGACAACCUAGGUUAAGGAGGGAAUUAAAAUCUUAAAUUGUGAAAGAAAGCUUAUGAUUUUCAAGCCUUGUCCUGCAUGGAGAGGACAGAGGUUUAGAGGUUUCUUAUUUAAUUGAAACUCUUGUUUAAAAUAUCAAGACAUAAAAUCAUUUAUGCAAAGUUAAUGCUCAAUUGCAGUUAAAGGAGUACUGAACAGAUGUUAUCAUUUCACAAGGCAAAGAUUCCUCUUGAUAAUAGUCCAGAUGUACUGUGUUGUUUGAUGUUGUUCUGGACAUUCCCCUUAGCUCCCCCCUUAACUCUCAUACUUUUCUUAAGAGAGUUUGGCUUUUAAACUCUUGAGUGUUGCAAGCUGCUAGAGACAAUGUCUAAAUUUAUAUUGAACUCUUUUAAAAGAGAUAAGAUCAAGCUGAAGUCAGGAUUGAAUAAGAAACAAGCAGAUGUGGCCCUACUUUUAGCACACAAUCAAGGUAAGAUUUCAUGUGCUUGUACAGUGCAUGAUACACACCUGUAUUUGAGUGGAAAAACUAAGCAUGUGACCUGCUUGACUUUUUUAAGUGUUGUUGUACUUUUUGUAAAUUGUCGACUUAGUUGCUUAAAAUGUAUGUAGGGUCAAAGGGGUGGCCUUAAUCCAUGGAUAAGUAGAGGUUGGGUACCUGAGACGUCUAGGAGCUUCCACUAUUGGUGGCCAGCUCCUAGAUGGAGAUUGCUCCCAUGACUGGCAAAUCUAGGCAACCCAGCCCUGAGCCCUCAGGUAGAAAAGGGAAACAGGCACCCGUCACACUGAAUAAACAGUGGAUAGAAGGAGGGAAGGGGUGCUUGGACUAUGAGCUGCCACUCCAAACAAUGCUGAACACCUCAAACAAAGAGCGCAUGGAAUUCCAAUGCGUGCUCGUAAGCAAAAACUGCUCACUACAAGAGAACACUGAUGCUCUUUGUCGUUAACUCCAAUAAAUUGCUUUCAACUUCUUUAAAAAUUGUUUAUUUUGGAUGUUUCCAAGAGGUGAUUGCAUGGUAACCAGUCAACUCGCCGACGGACCAACUCGCCGACGCCAACUCGCCGACGUAUAAAAUCGAGUAGAGACGUCGGCGAGUUGGUCGUCAAUCCAAUACAACUUAUUAGAAGUUAAACAUACAGAGAAGUAAACGAUAUUUAGUAAAAAAACACUGGAGAACAUUGGUGAACAUCAAACAGAAGCUUAAACAUCGGUGAACAUUGGUGAACAUCACCAAUGACUAUAACGAACGAGUUAUUGUGCGACAACAACACCGUAAAGACUCAUCUUGUCAUUGCUCAGAUUUUUUAACGAAAACUUGGCUUUCUAGACAAGAUCUUUAGUAAAAUGCAAUUAUUUUUAUUUGCAACAAAGUUUAAGGCGAAUAAAGCGAAGUAAACCUCACCAACAACUCUAACAGCUUCAGACGCGAACGAGUUAUUGUGUGACAACAACACCGUUAAGACUCAGCAUGUCAAUCGCUCAGUUUUUUUAACGAAAACUUGGCUUUCUAGACAAGAUCUUUAGUAAAAAGCAUUUCUUUUUAUUAGGCAAUUACAGAGUAAGGUGUUUGGAUUAUGGGAGAAAUAUGAAAAUGGUGAAAGAACAGCGGCCCAAUUAUUGAAAUCGAUGUCGAGAUCAAACGGACCUACAAGAGCAGAGUAAUUGCAUGAUAUACAUUACUUUCACAUGUUCAUCUGAUCUUUAUAAUAAAUGGAAUUUUAUCGUUUUUAUCGUAAAUCAAACGUUCUCGAUCAUGAAUAAAUCUUUCUUUAAAGUUAAAAAAAAAACAUGUGGUUCCGCGUGGUUGCUAUGGUUGUCACACAAUAACUUGUUCGCGUCUGAAGCUGUUCGAGUCAUUGGUGAGGUUUACUUCGCUUUAUUCGCCUUAUGAUCCUUAUAAACUUUGUUGCAAAUAAAAAGAAACGCUUUUUACUAAAGAUCUUGUCUAGAAAGCCAAGUUUUCGUUAAAAAAAACUGAGCGAUUGACAUGAUGAGUCUUUACGGUGUUGUUGUCACACAAUAACUCGUUCGCGUCUGAAGCUGUUAGAGUCGUUGGUGAGGUUUACUUCGCUUUAUUCGCCUUAAGAUCCUUAUAAACUUUGUUGCAAAUAAAAAGAAAUGCUUUUUACUAAAGAUCUUGUCUAGAAAGCCAAGUUUUCGUUAAAAAAAACUGAGCGAUUGACAUGAUGAGUCUUUACGGUGUUGUUGUCACACAAUAACUCGUUCGCGUCUGAAGCUGUUAGAGUCGUUGGUGAGGUUUACUUCGCUUUAUUCGCCUUAAGAUCCUUAUAAACUUUGUUGCAAAUAAAAAGAAAUACUUUUUACCAAAGAUCUUGUCUAGAAAGCCAAGUUUUCGUUAAAAAAUCUGACCGAUUGUCAUGAUGAGUCUUUACAGUGUUGUUGUCAUACAAUAACUCGUUCGUGUUUGAAGCUGUUAGAGUCAUUGGUGAUGUUUACUUUACUUUAUUCGCCUUGAGAUCCUUACAAAUUUCGUUGCAAAUAAAAAGAAUUGCGUUUUACUAAAGAUCUUGACCAGAAAGCCAAGUUUCCUUUAAAAUCUGACCGAUUGUCAUGAUGAGUCUUUACGGUGUUGUUGUCACACAAUAACUCGUUCGCGUCUUAAGCUGUUAGAGUCGUUGGUGAGGUUUACUUCGCUUUAUUCGCCUUAAGAUCCUUAUAAACUUUGUUGCAAAUAAAAAGAAAUGCUUUUUACUAAAGAUCUCGUCUAGAAAGCCACGUUUUCGUUGAAAAAUCUGAGCGAUUGACAUGAUGAGUCUCUACGGUGUUGUUGUCGCACAAUAACUCGUUCGCGUUUUAAGCUGUUAUAGUCAUUGGUGAUGUUCACCAAUGUUCACCGAUGUUUAAGCUUCUGUUUGAUGUUCACCAAUGUCCAAUGUUUUUUUACUAAAUAUCGUUUAAUUUUCUGUAUGUUUAGCUUCUAAUAAGUUGUAUUGGAUUGACGACCAACUCGCCGACGUCUCUACUCGAUUUUAUACGUCGGCGAGUUGGUGUCGGCGAGUUGGUCCGUCGGCGAGUUGACCGUAAACCGAUUGCAUAAGGAAGUUUGAAUGUAUUUGGCUUAGAAGUUUCAAACAGAAUUUUUCUACACAGGCUAGUAUGUUGGGAGUUAGUUGUGAGAGAGGGUCAAGUGAAUGACAAUAUUUACUUUUCCUACAGUUGCUGAUCAUGUCAAACAGUUAGCAGCUGGUGUGGAUCUUGCUGAACAGUUCAACAAGAGGUGCAAGGAAGAAGAAGAGGUGAGUGUAUUUGUUUGGUUCUGAUCACUAUUGAAAAGGUGUUUGUCAUUUUUGUUUUGUCAGGAAAGAAUGUGAGGUGUGUUUAUGUACUUUCCCCUUGGAGAUGCAUGUAGAAACAAUGUAAUGACUCUUGCAGAGCUUGCUUAAUCCUUGGCUUGUGCAAUGUUUUCCUUUUCAGGCAGUAACUGGUAAAAUUUACUGCCUAUAGUACCUCUUACUACUGCCUAAAAUUGCUUUGAAGUCUUGAAAAUUUAACAGGUAAAAGGGUGAUACUACCACUACUCUUUGACUUGUCAUGUAUAAAAAAUAAAGGAGAACAAUGCAUGUGGCUCAUGGAAACUUUGUUUUUCCUUGCUCUGUGAAAGGUGGAAUAAUUAGUUUCAUUCCCUAGACAUGAUAUAUUUUGUUUCACAUAUGUCUUCAUUUUUUGUAAGGUACAGAAGAAAUGUCACGUAAAGUUGUGCAUAACUAAGUGAGACAUUGUACUCUGCACAUUAAGAUUUCUUUGUUCUACAAAGUUGGCAGAGAUCGUACAUACAUUUGCUUUUUGUUCAUACUUGUUUGCCUGUUUAAAACCAGGCUUUAGAAUUGGCUGUUAGAGUUUAAAAAUUGAACUUUGUUUUCAUUAUUUAAUGCAAUCUAAAGAAUCAUGUGAUUGUACCUUUCUGCAUUACAGAAAACUGUUGACAAAAAGAAAGAGGGAAAUGAUGCAUUUACCAGUGGAAAAUAUACACGUGCAAUUUCAGUUUAUUCUAUGGCUCUACAUAUGAGGUAAGGGUUAGUUUUCUGAAAGUAGUAUUUCAUUUUAUAUUAUAAAUUGCAACUUUUCUAAAUCUCUAUCUGGGAGGCACACAUUCAAUUCUAGUCUAAACUCGAAUUUUUUUAAGACUUAUAUAUUUUUCUUUUUGCAAUGCUCUAACCCUUUCACUCCCAAGAUCUUCUAUUAGUAAUUCUCCUUACUGUCUGCCAUAUGCAUGAAGAAUUCUUAUAAUUUCAGUUCUAAGAAUUUAGUGUUGGAUCAAAUGAUAAUCCUGUAAUUGAUGUUUUUUUUAUUCUCAUCACUUGUCUACUUGAUAUUGCAUUGAUUUUAAAGUGAGAAAGUACAUAUUGGUCACUGCUUGGAGUGAAAGGGUUACUUGCAACUCACCCUUGAGGAUCAUUUCUUUACUUGCUUUGUACUUCAUCUGAAAAUACAGUUUCUUUGUGUGGGUGGAGCCUUCCUGUUAACCCUUAACUCCAAUGAGCGACCAAGACAGAAUUUCUCCUUACAAUAUUAAUACUAUAUCAACCGGAUAAGUGAUGAGAAUAGAGAAGAAUAUCAAGUUGGGGAUAAUUGGUUGAUCCAAUACUAAAUUCUCAGAACUAACAUAAUAAGAAUUGAAUGGUUGACAGUGAGGGGAAUUACAAAUUGAUCAGGGAGUUAAAGGAUUAAGAACAUGAUAGGUAGUUCCCCUUGUGGAUAAUGGAGUCAUGACUGUAGUUACAUUUUCAACAAUCAUACUUCCAUUGAUUUUAAAGUUUACACAAUUAAAUGUGAUGUUUCUUUUCUUUUUACAGUGCAUAUAAUCAUGUUCUUUAUUGUAACCGAUCGCAGAGUUUCCUUAAAACUAAACAGUUAGGGUAAGGUCAUAACUACAUGGAUCUUUGCCUAUGAACAUUUAAGUUACAUCAGUUGAUGCACAAAUCUAUUGAAUGGCAUUUUAAGUUUGUUUUUCAUUAUAAUAAAGCAGAAUAGCUGUGUCCUCUGUUCUUUGAUAUUUGUUGUAGUUGACCUAGAGGGGAAUUGCCAUUUACUGACCUGCUAAAUUAGUUAAGAAUAUGAACAGCACUAUCUCUAUAAUCUUCAUGAAUUGAUGGUCAGGCCAAAAUUUCACAGUGUAUGAUCAAACUACUCCUGCUAACUUUCAAUCUCUUAAUUUGCCUCUAAUGGUUUGUGUGAUGAUGGUUUUCCUCAUCUUGCAUGCAUAUUUUUGUCAUUGCAUGAGAAAAGAUCACAUACCUCAAGGUAUGUUAGACUCUCUCUACACAUAUAAUGGAAGUAAUUUAGGGUUGUUUGUUCUAACAGGAGUGCCCUUGCAGAUGGCAGGAGAGCAGUAGUACUUAAGGCAGACUGGCAUAAGGUAGAGAAUUUUAUUAUAAUUUUAAUGAUAAAUAUGGUUUUUAGACUGAGUAUGAUUGCCUUGGUAAUAACAAAGUGACUUGCAAGUCACAUGUAAAUACUAAGACAGUUCGUGAUGGCACAUUUGUGUUCUUUAGGCUCAAUACAGAUAUGCACAGGCAUUUUUUGAGACUGGAAAUAUUACCAGAGCAAAGGAGGCAAAUAGAGCUGCAUGCAAAAUUUGCUCUGACAAGAAAGAUCUGGAAGCCCAGUACAGAAUGUUUGACAGAGGUAUGUCUUUUUUACAUUUUUCUUCAAGACAAAUACAGUUUUGAUCAUUGCAAGAGCCCAUUUGAACAAAAGUUCUUAAGUAGAGUAAUGUAUCAAACAUAUAAUUCAUCAGUCAAUACCUCAAAUAAUUAUAUACCUGUAUUUAGGGCCUAGCAAGAAACACCGUGCUUUGGUGUACCAUUUAAGCAAGUAUCCAGAAAAUUGACCCCCUUGACAAAAAUUUGUGGAGGAAAGGGGGACUACCGGAGAUUUUUAAUCUAAACAAAAGAAACUAGAAAACUAUGAAAGAAAGAGACUAUGUUGUUUUCCCAUGUCCUCUUAAUUUAGUUGCUAAAGAUGGUAAAGGAAAAGCAACAGAAAAUAAGAAGCCAUCAAAAACUUCUGUUGCUAAACAGAAGGAUUCUAGGGAUAGGUGAGUUAGUAGAGAGAAAAUCUUUGUUGAUGUGCAAAUUUGAAAUUCUUGAUAACUGGGGCAUUCUUUGUUGGUAGACUGCUCUAAUUUUGUUGAGUUCAGGCUCUAAAGUUUAUAUGUGCAUGUGAAACAAAAAAAAAAAAAAUUUACUCACUCUCUUCUGAAUACCUUGGUUCAGUAAGGGUUCAAGGAAACUGUCUAAAUUUGGAAUUUGUUUACUUGUCAGUGAGCCAGAGGACCUUCCAGCUUUGGUAGAUCCAGAGUCCAGUGACACAAGCAGAGAUAACUCUGAUGAUGAGGGGGUACCUGACUUGGUGGAUCUGGAAAGUUCAGAAGAUAGUGAUGUUUCUGAUAAUAAUGAUAAAACAGAGGUAAAAACUUACUUGAAGGUGUUAUUAUUUAUGCUUAUAUUCCAUUCUUGGCUACAACAUCUUUCUUUUAUAGUGAUAGAGUUGGAAACAUAGUUAAGUACUGUAGAGUAAGGGAGGUUGCAAAUUUAAGAUUUUAUAACUACAUCGUGCUGUUUGUUGGUCUGUAUUUUAUAUAUGAUAUUCUUUUCAGUACAGGUAUAAUAGUUAAAUUUUGACUAUCACUUAAUAUUGUCCUUUCUUACUUCAUGAGAUGUUUGCUUCCUUUUCGGUUUUAGGAUCCUCACACAGAAACCUCUGAUGGUAAGCCUACCAUUACCUUCCAUGACCAUAUUUAUUUAACCUUUUCACUCCCAAGAUCUCAUUAGUAAUUCUCCUUACUGUCUGCUUUACAUUUCUUAUGAUGUUAGUUCAGGGAAUUUGGAAUUGGAUUAACUAAUAACCCACUUAUUGAUAUUUUUCUUUAUUCUCAUUGCUUGAGAGUGGGAUUUGAAGGAUCAGUUUAAAUUUUGAGAUCAAGCUACAUUGAGACACAUUGCAGUGAUGUUAUUUGAUAUGUGAUCAAUAUUAUUUGAUUCCUUCUCAGAACACUUGGUAAAGAGAUUUUUUGUUUGUUUCUUCAUUAUCUAGGAUAUGAAUCAAAUGAAUCUGCAACCAAGUGAGUAAAUAUAUCAUCAAAUGUUGUUUGUUAACUUUUUUGCUUUUUUUGUAUUUUUAUUUUGAGAGAGACUGGCCAACUAACUGUGUGGCCAAUGGUCUGACUGAUUCAGUGAGGAUUGAUGCUUAUGGUUGACUGGUGAUUUUACAAUAAAUGAAUUAACUGAGCUCUUUUUUCCAACUUAUUUUCAAAUGUUGAUUUGCAGGAAAAAGAGUGCUUUAUCAACAAAGGUAAAAAAAACUUCAAGAAAAUGCAUGCAUGUAUCUUUACAAUCCUUCCUUUAAUUCUGUUGUUUUUUGGUUGAUACUUAUUUUAUCAAAUGUUUUUCUCUUAAGUCCAAGAAACGUCACCCAAGUGAGAAGAUCAAACAAAUUAUCAGAGGAGCGCUUCAAGAAAAAGCUAAGACUGAGGAAAAACCUAAAACAGAGGAAAAACCUAAGAAAGAAGAAAGACAGAAGAAGCCUGUAGAGCCUGCAGUCAAAAAAGAAGCUACAAAGCCAGUAAAGCAGAAUAAAAAGGUCAUGGUAUAAAUUCUAUUCCAUAAAUUUGUACAUUUGUACCAGUAGUUUUUAACUUGAUAUUUGUCAUUUUUUCUUAUUUCACUUUGUUUUAGUCAUUGUGUCGAAACAGUAUUGAUGUUAGCUUAAAAUUACUUGUCUUCAGGCAAGGAAAGUUAAUCAUAUUUAUCUCUUGCAGGGGUCACAAGGAGAUCAGGGUGGGAAUAAUCCAAAGUUAAGAGAAUUUACCUCCCACCUCAAACAAGUAAGUGUGCAAAGUGAAAUCCUUUGAAUAGAUCUGUCAAUCACUCUUUUAAUUUUAAGAUGGGAUAAUGUUGCUCAUUUUGUGUGACCCAAAACUCUUGACAGUGAAUUAAAAGUGAUAUCAAAAAAGAAAAUCACUGAAACAUGGCAUUAAAAAGCAAAAUCAGAGGGUACAGUAUUUGUGUUUGAAUAAGGGUUUGUUUGUUUAUUUUGCUAUGAAUUAUAGGGAAAGUUCUGCUCAUGGUGGAGUUAUCUGUAGCUUUGUAAUAGUCCAUCUUAGUGUGAAAGCUAAAGUGUUGGGGUUCAAUUCUUUAAGAGGGACUUGGAUGUUUUUUUCUGCACCCAUGAUUAGAGCAAGUAACUUCUUUUUUCAAGUGAUAAAAUUUAGCAAACACUGGCCACAGAGUUGUUUAUAAAUUUCUUAAUUUAAUUUGUUCUUUAUAGGGAAGUAAAGCUAUGACAGAAAAGAAAAAUGACAUUGCUGUUUGUAAUUAUGGAGAGGCUGUUGCACUUUUAAAAGAGAAUGGUAAUCAAUACCAGGUAAGUACUUUUGGUAAUGAUAAUGACAAUAACCAUUGAAGUUUAUUGUACAAAUGAACCUCUUUGCUCAUAGUGACCUGUCUCUGACCACACUGUGUGUUGGACUAUUUUACAUUUUGCUUGGUAAAUAUUAUAAUUAUAAUCAGGGUAGCCUGCCAAGCUCCCUGAAGUGGAGACUCUGACAGGCUGAGCAUCUAGUGAUUAGAAAAUGUAAAUGUAGCACUGGAUAGGAGUCUGUAAGCAGAGAAAUUAUCCACUAUGGUCAUUAAAUACUUAAAUCUACUUGUUUAACCUUUUGGGGGUAUGUUGCCAAUGGGUAUAGACUAAGCUAGCCAUGAAUUAUUUUGGAAUUAAACAUUUAAAGUAUUGAGAGACAUCUACUUAUUUAUGGUUGGAAAAUAAUGAACAAGUAUGGAUUGUUUAUAUUGAGUAGUAAAAACAGACUUACAGUAAUACUUAAAAUCUUAAAUUAUUCCUUUGCACUCACCAGUUGCCUGAAAUUAUUAAAAUGAAAAGUUAUUUUGCUCCUGUCAUGGCUGAAAAACAGAAGUUUGCAUAAAGACAAGCAGCUAUAAAAAGCUGCUGAUGAUGAUGUGAGAGUUCUCAUGCUUACUUACUGGAACCUUUUUUCCCCCAUCAGAUCUAUGAAAUGAAGGAGAUAGAUUUUGUUAUAUUACUGUAUAGUUUUGGAGCAGCUCUCUUGGAAGUUGGUGGCCAGGAGGUAGACAAUUGUUUCUAAUUUUGUAAAAUCACAUCUUACAAUUUUUGUUUAAAUGUAGAUAGCUUCAGGCCAUAAUAGUCUAUUGAAAAGCAGUAAUUUCUAAUGUGUUUCUAGGUUCAUUAAUUUUUGUGGCAUGCUUUAAUGUCAUUUAUUUUAGAAUACAACCAUCAUGUAAAAUUUGUAUCUUAAUGUAAAUUUAUUUUGAUUUGGCUUUUCUUUUUUCAGGAACUACUGGCAGCCAAGAAACAUUUUGAGAUUAUUGUAGUAGAACAUAAAACUGUAGUCUUUCCUUUAGCAUAUUUAGGAACAGGAAGGGUGUUUUAUAAACAGAACAGGUAUGAAAUGGUAUUUCAAAAUCAUUUGAGUAUUCUUGAUACUAUUUUAAUACAAUUUAUGUGUGGCAGCUUAUAAUUGAGCUUGGUCUUGUCUGAAAAUACCCUCAACAUCUUAAAGGAGAGAUGAGCUUCAGAAACCGCACAAUGUUUGUCUCCCACUUCAGAAAAUAUCUGCGAAAUUAUGACACUGACCUCUUGUUACCCAAACAGAACUCUUCAAUUUUAAUGCAUCAUACAAAUAGCCUAAAUUUAAUGCCUCUCUGACUUGUCUUGAGUUGUCCUCAUUCAGUGCAAAAAAUCAAAACCUGCUUAUAUGUAUUUUUCUUAGGUUCACAGAAGCCUUAGAUCAUUUAGAAGAAGGCCUUGGUUUAGUAAACAAAUUGGGUGAUGAGAAGUUAGCUUCUUAUAGAUGGCCUGGGUCUCAAGUCAUUAUUGACGACACUAAACCUGGAAAGUUAUUGGUAAUAAUAUUUUCUCAUUUUAGUGUAAUUUUUUUUGUUCCCAUUCAAGGCAUAUUCAUUCCUGUUUUAGAAAACUUGGUUUGGAGUUUUACUUACAGCAUUAUAUUGUUGUUGUUGUUUUUUUUCUUUUGAUGCUGUAAAAUGCAGUAGAAUAUUUGCUGUAUGCAAAUUUUCCAUACUCAUUUGCCAAAAAAAAUCCCCUUUCAAUAGUUCAGGAGUUUUUCCUUGAUCGAAUGGAUUGUGAAUCUCUUAACCAAAGGGACAUAGACUCGGCUGAUAUGUGGUAACUCCAAUUUUACAUUAGGGAAAACUUCCUUGACUUCAGCCCUUCAAUUACUGGCAGCUGUCUUUUGAACAGUAACAAAAUCUCAGAAUAAUACUGUGGUUGUAUGUGUCUCAAUCUUUCUCUCUCGUUUCAGAGUGCUAUUCAGACGUUAAUUAGAAUUUGUCGUCAUCCACCGCGACCUGAUGUUAUUUGCAGAUAUCCUGAUUGUCCAAAUAAAACACAGAUUUACCUUACUGAUCCUGGUAGGUGUGCUUUUGAUCUGAUGAGCAAUUCUCUCUUUUAAAUACCAAGACAUUUCUUACGAAUUAGUUUAGAGAAUUUGUAGUUAUAUCAAAAAAAGUAAGGUUGUUUGUUCUCAUAAUGUGUUUUGUACUGGAUACAAGAAGUGACCAUCCUGUUUCAGGGGCUCGAUUCGUGAGCCCCUGAGUGAAAGUGGAGUGAAAGUUUGUGAGCAGGGGAAAAAAAAAGGAAGGAGGCUCACUCUGGUGCCACUAUGGCACUACUUUUAUAACCUGAGUGCAUAGAAUGGGCUAAAAAGAUAUGAACAGAUGUUAGUCUCUUCUGGAAGGUUCAGAAUAAAGUUUAUACUUCUUCUGUACAUGUCCUUUCCAGAAGAUUAAUUGUUUUUGUUUGAUUUAAGAGUACCUGGUUUCCUGUCAUAAUCUGUCUAUUGUUUCUCAACUUCAGACUACAAAGGAUACAUACGACUAAUCUGUCAUGAAAACUGUAAAGUAGAUUUCCAUCCAGGAUGUUGGAAAAAGCAAAAGAGCUCCGAAGAUGGAAAAACCGGCGACAAGGCAAGAAUAAAAAUGUCGAAAGUAAUGCCAUGCAGAAUUAUUACUGUAGUUGAGCUCCUGAAGAAAGGUAGAAUUUCACAUAAAUCAGUUGAACACUGAAAGAGAGUACAAAGAAAAAAUUAAUUAAAGAGUGGUUCCGGACAGAAUAAUGAAGAAGUCUGUCUUUUUUUUCGCUAAGCUGCAACAAGUGUUAUAUUGCUGGUCAAGAGCUUGCUCAUGAAGUUAAAUUAAGUAAAUUGCUUUGGCCAGGGAGAAGGGAAGUCAGAUAUUUUUUACAAGGUUGGGCAAAACAGUUAUUGGUAACUUUUGAAGCAACAAAGGAUGAUGACGAGACUUAAAGUCUUUGUUUUUGUUAAGAAUGGAUAAGAAAUAGAACAAAUCAGAUGUGGGGGCUCUUUGUCUUCUUCUAUGUAAGGUUGAAUCAGAAUUUCGGUGUGGUUUGUUUUUGGAGAAAGAAAAAAAAAAAGAAAGAACACUAGCUAAGAGAAACGCAUAGAGUAAUGACGAGAACUAUCAACAGCCUCAAUGCAAGGUACAGAAAUAGGAGCUGAGUGCCAUUGUAAGUGUACCACCCUUGCUGCCAUGUUAACUACGUUUCUUUUUCUGUUUAUCCAGGACUUUCUUGAUGACAUCUGCAUGACUCCUGACUGUGAAGGCUCUGUAAUUAAUGUCCAGAUCUAUGAUAUGGAAGGUCUUAAAACUGAGGUGGGCUGUCAUAAGUGUGAUAAUGAACUUAACCUAAAUUGGCACUAUUAGUUGAUGAGACAGAUACAGUUGAACCUCUCUCUACAAACGGUUUCUUCUGUUCUGUUUUUACUGGGUAAUACAUUUAUUAGAGAUGUGUUUAUGCAAUGCAUAUUUAAGUGAGUGUAAGAUCUUAUUUAUUCAUAAGUUCACGGGUUUAUUACGAAGCAACAUAUUGACCAGCUCCCAGUUGGUUCGUAAGAUCAGUUGGUAGAGCACUGUACCACCGGUAUCGCAGAGGUCAUGGGUUCAAAUCCCGUACUGGCCUGAAUUUUUUUCAGACUUUCCUUUUUCACCACAGCCUAAGUAGUGUCCAUUACGGCGAAGAUCGCUUCCAAAUUAAUUUCUUAAACCGCAGUUCACAUUUAUGAUUUUCACAUGUUUACUUUCAUGUAAGAUCUUAAGUAGUCUUCUGGGCUUUGGCGGAUAAGAAGGCAUUUUUUGCAUUAAACUCAAUGUUCAAGUGCGUGGGUUUAGUAGAUGUUGAAGGGAAGACUGACAUUUUGCAUUGAAAUUUAUAUUUUUCGUUGGCCCAGCACGACACAUGCAGGAAUGCUUGGAGAUAUUAUUAUGAUUUAUGAAUGUUUCGUUUGUUUAGUUUAAGCAUGAGAAGCCAGCCACAAAACAGGAGAGCAAACCAAAACAAUCAAAGCAAAAUAAACUUAAAGCAAAGUAAGUUGUUAGUUUUGGUUCAUUGAUGAUGCUUCUCACCAUUUUUUAGAAAUUUGUAAAUUGAAUUGUAAUUUAAUCUUCCAUCAAUUGAUGCUGAUCAUUCUUGGAACUUGCAGGUUCAUGUAAUAAUCAUUUGUUCGUUAAUUAGUGUUGCUGGUGCUAAACAAAAGAAAAAAAAGGAUAAAGAUGACAUCAAGAUAGAGGACUUUGCGACACCUGAAACAUCGCCUAGUGACAUUGGUGAAGAAAAGGUGGUCCAUAACCCCCCACCCCCUCCUCCCUUACCAGGUCAGUUUACACCGUUGUUCUCUACAGCUGUUUCUUUGAAAUUGAGAAUAAUGGACAAUUAUGUAUGUCUCACUCGAGUUAAACCUUAUUCCUCCAAAGAUGGCGAACAAACUUGAUCCUGUCGUGUCUCAAUAAGGUGUCUUUAUGUGAGACUCGUUAGUCGUACAUGAGAUGAAAUAUGUGAGGCGUUACAUUUUAUUCAUUUCUGGCAGUUUUAUGUCAAUUCCUUGUAGUAACGGUUUAAUGACGAGCUCAUACUUCCUUGUGCUAAUUUUGUUGUAGGACAAAAAGAAGGGAAACCGAUGAAGGGAGACCACAAUCAGCUGGAAAAGGCAAGAGACAUUUCUUGCUAUUUUAGACAGAUAAUCAAAUUUCCUGCGUAGCUGGGGGUUGUGCUUGCUUAAAAGCAUUGAGCGGCAAAGCUCCGUUUUUUUGUUCGCGCCACGUCCUCAAUACUCAUCACCAAAGAAAUUGUCACCCAUGCAGGCUGAAACAGAAGAAAAAGAAAUUACCCAGGGAAGCUAGGCACAGUGUUGUUUGUAACAACUUAGACUCAUAUGGAGCGUACUUUGUAAUUGCUGGCUUGACAUAUAAGGGGAAUGUUUGUCUUUCUAUGCCAAGUGGUGUGUCACAAUCGAUGCAUUUUCCGCAACCCUUUCCACCCCAACAUAAGAAAUUGCUUGGUAUUGGCUGAGUUCCUUUUUUGCGUUUUAUGGAUCGAGACGAAGUCGAGGUCUAUUAAAACGCUAAAAAAGGCGUAUAUCCAGCCAUAUUAACCGAACAAGCUUGAUCAGUGAAGGAUUUAUUAGAUAGCGAAAAGAUUACGCUCUAAUAAGAAUCAGGAAUGACUUGUUUAUUUUGAGAGCCGGGAAAGAAAUCCAGCAGUAUUUGCAGCUCAUUGAACCCACGAAGGUCGUUUAUGUUUUCUUUGUUUUGACUGUCUUCUGUCGCUUUUUGCGACCUCAUCGCCGACAUUGUCCAAAAGUUACGAACUCUGUAAGUCCGCUCCAUGCGCUUGCGUGGGAUCAAAGCGGGCAAUCCUGAGCGGGCAAAAUGGGUCUAUCUUGCGUGCUUGGGUAGCCUAUCAGAACACAGGAUCUGCUUCAUAUUGCCCACGGGCGCUUCCAGCUAUAUAUUGAGGUCUGUUAUGCAUUGACAGAAGGAAAAGAUUAAUUAUCUGGUUAUGAGCUAUGAGAUGAUUGUUAACUCAACACGAACAUAACAAUAACCCGACCUAAGGUUUGGAUUAUUUAACGUUAAUAUAUAAUAAACGUUAAGAUGAGUAGCACAAUCACCAUGCCCAUAGGGGGUUGACUGCAAACUUUCAAUGAUUUCCUCUGUUUUACAUUUUCAUUGAAGCCAAAUCUUUGCUUACAGGUAAAAUUGUUCUUAUUGAUUAUAGUAAAAGCAAAAAAUCAGAAAACCACAUUACUGUCUUUAAGAAAAUACCCGUGAAAGAUGAAAAAUCGAGCCAAUUUUGGUUGUAACGCGUAACACAAUCUCAGUGGUAAAAUUUUUUAAAUACAUUUUUCACUGAAAAGAAAGCUCGUUUGAGCAAACAAAUUACACCUAAUGAUAACACACAAUAAACACUACAUUUGAGCAAAACUUUGACAUUUCAAGUUUAUUAAAACGCAUAGAAAAGAUUCAUCAUUCUUAAGUAUCCUUUGUGUAACGCUGGGUUUCAGAAUUUGGAAGUACACUAAGUUGUUGUCCGCAGAAUGACUGAACUGGAAUCCUGUGGGAACAAAAACACAUUAACCAAAUGCUCAUACUUGGUGUUCUAAAAUAGCGAAAAAUCAGUCUAAAGGAUUGACUAUAAACGGAGAAAUACCAGUGUAAAACAGUCGCUACGGUUUUGUAAAACCUGAUUACGCAAUAAUAUUUUUCAUCAACUUACCUUCUCCUUCGCUAAUAUACUUCAAACACGGCAAAGUCGGGUUUCGAAAUCGAUUACACUUCAAUGCUCAUAAGUUUCUCUUGUCAUUUCCAAGUUUUCGGGUCCAUAUCUUUAGAAACGGCCAAAAUAUUCACUUUUGACCAAGUCGCUACGCUUUUUACCAUGUUGACGCCAUAUUGAGAACGGAGACUCGCCACAAAUGCCACCAAAAGCGCUAUGAAAUCUGCUGUUUGCUCCGCCAUUUUCGCCUUCAUCUUUUCAUCUCCGUGUCGAAAAUAUCUUGGUAACCUUUCCUAUUUUGGUUUCUGCGACGUUAUCAAGGGUCGGGGGUCUUCAAGCUCAAUAAUUUUUCUGAGAUUUAGCCAUCUGUAAAUAUCGCUUCAAGUGUGUCGGGAAAUGGUGCUCGCCGACAAAGGAAACUCUCGCGUAUGAAGAUUUUCACCAGAUUUAAUAUUUCUCACGAUUUACAGCUCUCACUUUGUGGGUACACGUCGUGGUAUUCUCUCUCCAAAAUCGAUCUCAUCUGUCUGUAAUUCUAUAUUUUAUCCUUAAGAUGAAUAGCCUAUUGUUACAAUCACGCGUUUCGCAAUCAGUUCAUGCACGUAACAUAAAAGGGUAACACAACUCGCUUCCGGUCACGACAAGUGCGCUUGAAAAGAGAUAUGGUUAACGAAAAGGAAGAAAAGCUUGCGAGGAUCAAAGAGUGGAGGAGGAAAAAGCAGGAAAAGAAUAGGCUAAGGAAUCUAAAAUAUAAUGAAAAGAAUCGCAAAAAGAGAGCUGAAUUUCCAAGAGAAAAAUGGUGAUGUGAUCUUCAAGUUGUAAAAAGAGGCAGAAAGUCAGUUUUUAGAGUGCCAGUUGAUCUCACUAGGGAGAUACUAGCCUCCAUGUAAUACAAAAUGUUAUUAUUUCUACUUUUUACUGUGUCAGUGAACUCGAAAUUGAUUAUUUGUGAAAAAAAACACACCUAUAAGGGAUUAUGGGUAAAUACAAAUUUGAAUCAAAUGUGACAAAAAUAAAAUAGUUUGAAAUAAAUCAGUUGUAAUAAUAAAUGUGAGUUUAAAACAGACCUAAAGAAGUGAUUUUGAUCUUAAUAAUAAUAGUAUUGUUGUUAAUAAAUCUUGCUUAAAUUUGUAUUACUUCAAGCUGUCUAAAAAUCCAAAAUUAUUACAAUGGUUACUCUAUGAUCUGUUCACUAGAGUGGUCAGGACUCUUCUGAUGCCAGCAUUCCAACAGGUUGGUGAUAGGAGUUUUUGUGUACAAUUUUAUCCCAUCACAUCUUUUACGUAGUAAGAGCAGAUUAGAAGGCUGAUACGGAAUAAAAUAUAUCUUGCAGGCGAUGGAGUGUUUAUCUUAAAGAAAGAGGAAGAUGAAGACUCAGUCAAGGUAAGGAAAGUAGUAAGGUGCUGUUACCUCUGUUUACAAUAUCGUCUCUUCUUAGCGCCGAGCAAAUAGGCCAUUCCCGAAUUACCUUUGGCCUCUUUUUCUAAACGAGGCCUGGUGCUCACCUGUUCGUUUGACAAUAAGUUUAAUUUGCACAUGACUGAAAACUUAUAAUUACAUGACAGGAAGAGCGCCAGAACUCGUUUUGGAAAUGGGCAAUUGUUCAUGUUAAUUGUCGGUUGUUUUCUGUUCAAAGGGAGUUGGUGUAAAAGGAGUAAACAAGGUUAAAAGCAAAAAGAAAAAACUUAAGGUAAGUAGACUCUGUUGUACUUAUUGUUACUAAAAUAAGCCCUGGAUACAAAAGACUCUGCUUUGAUUCCUGCUCAUGGGUGCCGAUAGCAUAUAGGUUUCUCUCAUCGUCCUCACUUCGUGUUAAUUCUUCCCAUAACUGGCCAUCCUAAUUCAGAUUCUAUUAGUUUGUUGAAAGUAAUCUUGUAUGGCGUAGUAUUUUCUUUCCUUCCUUUUGGAAUUCGGAUUGGAAUGGAAAGCUCUUGCCAACCUCUCAACGAAUUGAGAACAAAAUGAAAUCCAACCGUGACUUGUUCACUCGUGUUCUACCCCGCUUCAGGCAGUUCUCUUGUUUUAGCUCUGAGUUAGAAUUAGUUCCUUCUGAUAUUUUUCUUUGAUUUGAUUAAUUUUGUUGUGGUUCUUCAACUGUCGUUCGAAAUGCGGUCUGCUAACUUUUGCCUUACUAUUAUCAUCAUAAAAGUAUCCUUCAACUAAAAGUGAUGACUCAAAUCUUAUAUUUCGCGAGGUAAUUUAUUAAGUAAUUUGAUGUGAAAUGUUUGGGGUGAAAAAGGUAUUAAUGAAACAAUCCAAAAUCGUACCGAUUAAAAACAAAACCGCCUUGAGACUGCGGUUACAUUACCCUAGAGACUCGCCUCACAGGAAUGCAAUUUCGAAACACCAAACCUGACGUUAGAGGCAAAACAUGGGGUAAUGGUUUCUUUUCCUCGUGUAGAAUACACAGACGCUGGAUGAAUUUCUCAAAGAUCACGGUGGAGUGCAAACACUCAGACCACCUUAUGGUGAAGAUUACGAAGAUCUGAGUGAAACCCCGCAUCCUAAAUGGUAACCGUGGCUACUCAACGUAAAAAGUGAAACAUUGUUGCCUCCAGAGUGCAAGGUGUCAUUACAGCAAUGACAAACUUAGCUAAUCAAUAUGACUGACUUACUUACGGCUGAUUUCAUAAUUAAACACUGUCCGACUCUCUGACUGACCCAAUGAGUAAAGAGAGUAAGUUUCUAACUGAAGAAACUGUGGCGCUGCGCCGGUGGGGGGUUUUAGAGGAGAAUUUGGUUUUGUCAAGUGAGUUGAUAUAAUUUGGCCACCAUGAAUAGUUUCUAAGUAGAGGAGUUGCGGAUUGUGUGUAGUUUGAAUAACUCACUAACUGAUUAGUACUGACUUACUGACGGACCGUCCUACCUACUUACAUACUGACGAGUUUCCUGAAAACUUAUCGACUGAAACACCAAUCAAAGGACUGUUUAACAACUUAGUAAGUACUUAAAGAAAACCGCGACGGUGACGGCAACCGGGUAGCGAAGCAAAAUAUUUGAUGAAUGGACAAUAACUUAACACGUACGUUUUUAAACUUUGUACUUUUCCUGGUCUUGCUAUGCAAUACUACAACGUGAAAUCGCUAACUUUGCCGAGUCGGAGAAAGGGAAACCAGACGACACAUAAGUUGCAUUUCUUCGAACUUUACCCUGCAUUCUCAUGUUAUGCUGAAGGGAACAUCUGGCGCCGUUGAGGAUAAUAAAUAAAUCGAACUACCUGUAAAAUUAUUUGAAGAAAUGAAAGUUCGUUCCUUUAGCGAUGUUUUCCAAGGCGUCGCCGAUGUGACAUCUGUAACUCCUGAUUGUCUAUCUGUCUGUCCGUUAAUCGGUCCGUCUGUGUGAGAGUAUGAGAGGUAAAAGCACGUGUGAUGGAAACAGUUGUUCAAAGGCCGACUAGCGCUAAUCCAGGGUUAAAUUUUAAUCCAGAUUUCUAUAUUUCUCUGUUCGAAAGCCGUUUUGGAAUAAUUUUACCCAUUAUUUUUAGAGCAUUCAAUUAUCAAAUUGUACUAAAAAAGAAAUAAACUGAACUUGUUCUUCAAGCUUUCAGAUCUGAAAUCAAAUUUCACCCUAAUCCAAGGUUAUCUUAACCCAGCUUUGAACGACCCGGCCAUGGAGUGAAAGGUAAAUUGUAAUUUUUUAUUCUCCCUUCAUAGUAAAUUUGACGUGGUUACUCAACCACCAGGCUGGAGUCAGCAGGAGGUGGAAGCACCGUUUGCUAUUCCACCUCAUUUACAAGAUAGCGCAGCUGAGCUUGAGGCAAGUUACAAGAUGGAAGUGGCAUCAGACAUCAUCUCAACGUCUUUACCACCUCCGCCAUCCAUUAGUUUGGAAGCAGUCACGGAAUAUGUUAGCUCGUAAGUUCUUCCUCGUCAAAUUUUUUAUCUUUGAUGCCGCUUAGUUUCCAUUAGUUCAACCAGAAGGAGCCUUUGUUUCGGCUGGCUUCAAACAUACUUUUGAAGAAACUUAGCAUCUGUUUUUCUUUCUCCUUGCAGAAUGUUACAUGAGAUUUUACGAGUCCAAGGAGGUCUGGAGCUCGCUGACCCGAGCAUCAUGCAGCCUUUGAGCAUGCUACCGGAUGAUUACCAAGAUAUCAUUUCCAGUGCUGGAGGACUAAAAGCUAUCUUAGAACACUCUGGAAAAUUUUUAUUUGACGGUAACAGGGUUAUGCUACCUGAGGACAAGGAAUUUGAAGACUUGGUAAAAACUCUUAAACCUGCGAGUAGUAACAAUCCAUUCUUGGACAGAACGAAUAGUGGAUUCAAAACCAAUAUUAAACAGGAAAAAGGUACUCAGGACAACAAUAAAUCAAAUUCUGUUGAUGUUCUUUUUACUACGGCUGGUAAACCGCACGACGGAGGCGUAAAUUCGUCUUCCUCGAUGUCGUCAUCUCCAGUGCUUAAUCCGAAUGGUACAGAAUAUGUUUCUUCGUCACAAACGGAUUUGUUAUCAGCUAGCUCGUCGAAAACAUCUAUUGGCAGUGAUUCUACGUUAAAAGGUGACGAUGAUGAACAAACGAUCGACAGAAACGACACUCUUGUUGAAAAUCCUGAACAAAAUAAUUCGAAUGGUGAAACUCUAGUUGAUAGCGUUUCAGAAGGUGAUCUCACUGUCACCAAAUCCACCAAUGAAACGCAAGGCGAAAACUACCAAGAUUUUGCUAGUGAUACGACUUCUUUGAAAGCCGAGCAUUUGUCUUUAAAUGAUAAUAAUGUUGCGGACUCAAGCUACGAUGAUAGUCGAGUUAAUACCUCUGUUGAAACAGUUGAAAAGGAGGUAUCUUCACUUGUAGCGAGCGAGGACAACAACCCUUCACAAAGUAAUCAAAAACUUAACGCCGGUGUUUCCACCACUGAACCGGCGAUAGUUAGCAAAACCAAAGCUGUGCAAACGCAACCGAAUGUGAAAAGUAAAGGUGUAGGCACAGAUCCAAUCCCUGAACCUUUUAAGGCAGAAUAUCAAAGGGUCGCGGCAGAAAAAGACGCUUUACAAGCGAGGCUACAAGAAAACGUCGACAGGCAUAACGCCUUACUCAAUAAGAACUCUGCGGAAGUGGAGAAAGUAAAGAAGAAGCUCGCUGAUGCUCUGCAAGAGAAAGAGGUGAUUAUAAAUCAAUGUGUUCCCAAGGGUAUUUUGAAGGUAAUCCGCGGAACUCACACUGCCCACAACUACUCGCUUUUCCUUUCCACUUUUGCGUUUGAUGUAUUGUGGAACCUAUUCACAGCCGUUUCUGUGAGGUGGAAGGCGAGCGGAGUGAGAAGGAGCUGCUUUUUGUGCACUCUGACUAGAGCGAAUCAGCAGCCUGCAAUCAAGUCUUUAUUAUAGCGCUGCAGGACGCGCGUUUCUUCACCCGCUUGAAGAUUUGUGAUGAGUCAAGGAGAGGUUUCCCGGGGGUCUGGUACUAAUCAGUGUCAGGCCCCUUGCAAAUGCGUGGCUCAAGGCCUCCUACUUUCCCGCAGGCGGGAAAAAUGAGGACCUGUUUGCAAUCAAGUGAAUCGGCUGUAGUGCGAUGGUUUCGGAAUUAAGAACCAAAAGCUACGUACAAAAUCUUUACCCAUCUUAAGAGGAAAUAACUCUUACCUUCUGGUUGCCGUUCGUGCUUUAAAAAAAGGGCUCUGCUCAAGCUCGUCAUGACUCGCAUAAAUUUCGCUCUCACGGUGCCUCUCCGCCAUGUAGUUUUAAUGAGUACUAGCGAGCUCAAACUCUUUACACCCUAACAUAAUUAUGCACACUCUCCAAACUUUUCUAUAUACGCUUUUGAAGGUACUGACAUGCAGAACUUGUUUAACAACCCAGAGUUUCUUUAGUUGCUCAUCUCAUCAUCCUUUAUUCUCGGAACCUCUGAUGUUCAAUUUAGGGGUGAUAUAGUAAGGACAAAUAAGAUACUAGACAUCCUUAGGGGUCAAAAGGUUAAGGGUAAAGUGACGAAUUGCAGGGGGUGGGGGGGAGGAUGCUACAGGGCAUGUUCGGCCGUGCGAGGGCCUACUUUCGCGAACGCGCAUACCAAACUAAAAGCUCAGACAGGGCUCACAUCAUGAAAGGACCUCUAAUUGAUUGUAGGUCUUUUGGAGUGGUAGGAAAACCUGAGGACAUAUCGUUUUAUAAAAAUUAUCAAACUGCUGCUCUUUUCAAAACCUUUUGGUAGGUAGGACGCUGUUGAGAUCGCUGAUUCUAGCACUGUGUCACAUAUGAACUUUAUGUAUUGUACUUACCACGAGCAGCUUGUAGCCUAGUGGUGGAGCAUUCGAUAGGUCCUGGUUCCCAGUUAUUAGUGACCGAACUUUAGAAUUGGUGGAAAGGGAUAGUUAUGGUCGAAAAUUUAGCAUCGAUCGAACUCUUGGCUCGACUCGAUAUUUCGCCGUUUUCUCGGAUCCAGUCGUCUAGUAGAAGGAGGGUAGGAACACAGGCUCAUUUCUCGAACAGGGGUUGGUAGUCGAGCCUGUCGGAAGAAAUGACUGCGUGAAAAUUGUAGAUGUGAACAGGCGUUUUUAUGAGUUUUGGGUGAGCAUUUAUCCCCAACUAAAAUAGUCCCUUUUUAAAUUUUGAUUCUAAAUUAACAUUUUCCGGGCUGAAACAAGAACUGGAUUUACGAAACGUUGUAAAAUUACUAAUUGAGAGAUCGUUAUGUUGGAGGGCUGGUAUGAAAUUCUUGUCUAGUCUGAUCUUUAUUGGAUUUUACUUUUUUGGUACCCUUUUUGAAAAAGGUUUUAUUCGAUAAAUAUUUGCGUGUCUUGUUGUAGAAAUACUCAAAAGAUGUUCAAGAAGUAAAGAAAGAGAACCAGGAGGAAAUACGUAAACUACGCCAACAGUGCGAAGACAAAGACGAUAAGAUCAAAACCUUGAACCAUAAACUGGUACAAGAAGCACAGGACAAGUGAGUUCAUUUGAACCGUUUGAUUCAUAUGAAACUUUUUCUAAGGAUUUCAAGGCUUCUGUUUUGUUGUCAAUGAGAAAUUGCUCCAUCGCUUUUAUUUGGAGUCUUUUAUUCGCUCUCUGUUUUACUAGCAUUUUUCCUUGGCUAAGUAGGCGCAAUUUCCAAACUGCAUUUUGCAGAAUAAUACUCAAAAGGGAACCUCUCACCUUGCAGUCUGCGAACGUAGGUUUUGGCGUUGCUUACCACUAGUUUCUCGGUCGUUUGGGAGUCAAAGCAUCAUACCGUAGUGCGCAAGGUCAUCGUUUUGCGGCUGCCGUUGGGGAGUUGAAUAUCGCUAUUUUAAGUUAGUGGUUGUUUAGGGUGCGAGCCGGCCUUCAUUUUUAGCGUUAUAUGACGCAUCCUUGCCUCCGCCCGAGGAAAAAUUUGAGACGAGUCGGGGAGAGAUUUGCUGGGAGUCUGGCACUAAUAAUUUUCAAUGCUCUCGCCGUUUCGCAUUGCUUAAGGCCUCAUCAUUUCCCGCGAGCGAAGAAACGCUCUCAUAGGCUAGAGGUUGUCCAUUUGUCCGUAUUGUCAUUCGGGGAUGUGUCCUUUUUGAGAAGGAACAAGCAACGCUCUAAGGAAGUUCUAGCGCUCGAAACUGGUAGCUUUUCAAAUCUCGUCCCGCGCUUCAUCUAUCUCGAUGAACUUUAAGGAAGUAUUCACGAAGCUUACCUUUCCCACCGACUGACGCUGCACGGGGGCCUCUUAUGUAUUAGCGCCAAACGGUUCUGAAAAUGUGAUUUGAUUGUUUUUUUUUUUCGUCAGAACCAACGUGAUUACCAGUGUUAAAAAAGAGCUGUCAACUGUUAAAGGGCAGUACACAUCAGAGAAGUAAGUCUGCCUCAAUAAUAGCGCCAGUAUAUAAAGGGACGCAAGCCUCCUAUUUUGUUUUGCGUUGGAGAGAAUUUCGUUAUGAAUUGAUAGCCACUGAAAUCACCGAGGUUAGUAUCGGCACGUGUCCGUCAGCUCGGGGCGUUUUGUUCUGAGUUUGAAUCAGAAGAACCUUCUCCCUGAAGGAAAUUUCUGCUCAUGAUUCUGAGUGACACGGUGACUGUAUGGAAAAAGAAAAAAGACGAAAUUUUUAAAUUGUUUUCUCAGAAGCACAAAGUAAAUUAGGGAUUGAUCAUUGAAUUAUUUGAAGAGGCGAUAAGGUUGGCUGUCUUAAUAGGAAAUCACACGCAAAUUUUGAUACUCUUCCUUUUUUCCCCUCCGUCAGGGAUUCCUGGAACAAAGAACGCUCUGAGAAGGACGAGUUGUUAAAAAAUACUAAAGCUCAAAAUCUACAACAACAGGCUAGGGCUCAGGAUGCAGAGGUAAUCUUUUUUCGUGUUCUGCAAGGCACCAAAAUGUUGAGGAAAAGCUGGUUACCAGUACUCUACCGCCGCCUAGAAGACCUCUUACCGCUGUCUGUUGAGCCUGCGAGCAGGCACUCCUGUUUGUUUUUCGCCUUACAUUCACUUUCCGAACACAGCAAAAAAUUUAUGGAAACCCCGGCUUAGGGAGUUAUGCUGACCCUUUACACCCUUACAUUGGUAUUCAUAUUCUCCACACUGUUUACUUAUCAUUCCUCUGGUACUGACAAGGAGAAUUUGUUUGACAAUCAGGCGCUUCCUCAAAAUUGGUGAUCAUUUCCUCUAUUCCCAUGACCUUUACACUUGAUUCAAGGUUGAGACUGUGAGGAGAAACUACAAGUCAGUCUCUCUUAGGGGUUAGAGGGUUUAGAAGGUUGGUCCGUGAAGCCAUUCUCUAUGUGUUGGAACAAUUUCAAUUGAGUGUCGAAAAUAAUCCAGGACAGCUCUGGUUUUCAUUUAGUUCUUUAUAUGAUUGGUCUAGAAAACUCGCGCCACUUUCUCAACCAAUCAAUUUCAAAACUAAAAGCAAUCGCGACUCGGUCACUCGCGUUUUCCCGCGCUUCAUGCAGUUUGCUAGUUUUUACUUCGAUUUCUCAUUGGCUCCUUGUGAUAUUUUCCAAGUUCUAAUUGACUGUUGUGAGUAGUUUGGUUCUGGUUUUACGACACUCAAUCGAAAAGAGCUCUGAUGGGCUAUAUUGUCAACUGAUAUAUUUCUCUUUGCAGAUAAAACUGCUUGAACUUCGCCGUGACGUUGGUUUGAGGUUUCUGGAGAGAGCGUUCCAAGAAUCGCAUAUAACCAUCAAUAAUUUGAUACAAGCUGUGAACGCAAGGUUAGAUUUGUCUGAUUUCGAUGAGUACAUUGAUAAAAACUAUGAGGCUUUAUUUGAAUGUCUUAUCCUAAGUAUUUUUCCUUUAUAGCAUUGAUAUAAAUCUGUUUGUUUUGUCAGAAUUACUGGCCCUAAAGUAGAGGAAGUCGUCACUGCGUGGAAGAAUUACGCUUCUGAAUGCCAUCAGAGAGUCGUGCAAUGCAAGGUACUUGUUGUGAACAUUUUAGGCGUCCUCGGACACACACAGGCAAACAGCCGGGCGAAAGAAGGGUGAAACAGCGAAUUGCGAUUAACGCGAAAGUUAACUUGGCGAGAGGAAGGAGCUACCUCGCUAGUCAAGUAAGAUUUCGCGUCCAGCCGAAACUGCCGUUAAACAGGUUAUCAAUAUGCCAUCAACAUGCUAUCAGACUUAAGAUAGUUUGUUUUUCACUACUCUUAUUCUCACUAAAGGGUGAUCUCUUGCAGACGACAUUCAAUGAGCAAAUUGAUCUGCUAAAAAAUGGCAGAACUUUGUCCAGUUUACCUCAGCUGAACAUCCCCGGACCGCCGCCAUAUCCAGGCAUUCCAGUUCUACAGUCUCUGGUAAGCAAAAUUCCAUCUGCCCACGGCUCCUGGCCUUGUCAUAAGACUCUUUUAAUCUUUUGACUUUCACAAGUAAUCGACAGGCAGUUUGUCCUUUUAACCUCAAUACUAUGUCAAGUAGACAUGAAAUUUAUCAACUCAAAUAAUUCCGCGGUGUGAAACCAAAUUUUCGGGGCUGCGUUGCAGUGAGGAAAUGUAUGACAGUCAAUAAGGAAAGUUAACAAACUGAUCCUAUCUUCUCUUUAAGGUACCCGGACAACAACAAAACCAAACGCAGGCCCAACCGCAGGCCCAGCCGCAGGCUCAGCCCCAGGCCCAGCCCCAGGUACAGGCCCAGCCCCAGGCUCAACCCCAACUGCAGCCCCAGGUUCAACCCCAACUGCAGCCCCAGCCCCCACUGCAACAACACCUUCAACCGCAACUUCAACCUCAAUACCAGCCCUCUCCGGAAAGUAACAUUUUAACACCUGAACCCCCCGUUCCGACCAGCUCUGCUAGUGCUAAUACGGGGGGUCCUUUAGCUGCGGCUCCACUUCCAGUUGUUGCUGCUGUUCCAGUUGGUGCAGAACAGCCUCUGGUUGCUGGUAAUCUUGCAGUGGGUGGUGCAAUGGCAGUCGUACAGGACAAGGCGCGACCAUCAAACAGCUUUGAAAAGAUUAUGCUGCGUCUGUCGACCAUGUAUCCAAACUUUACCAGGUGGGUAAAAUCAUCCUGGUGAAACAAUUUACCAUCGUCGAUUUACCAUCGAAAAUGAUGGCCUCUUGUAUGAGCUCGGUAAACGGAGCUAUACUUUCAGACAUGUCUAGCUCAGAGACUUUUCCAGAAUAGUAAACGUUUUUGAUGUUCAUUUGCCCCCCUCCCAGUUCCAAUGUUGUUAAUUGCCAAUGUGUCCGUUCCACCUUGCGGACCCAGUAAGAGUACUUUUAGCUUUAUUGCCCCAACAGAUUUUUCCACAACUGGUGCCGGGUGUUGUCAGAAUUUAGCUUUCUUUUGUGAUUUCGAUGUCGUUUUCAACAUGCGUUUCACGUUCUUUCGCAGUCAGUCGCAGUUUUUCUCAUAACUAGGCACCGACGUUGAAGUUUCUUCAUUGAUACAUUUCAGUUAAGAAAUUUUAUAUCAGUUUUUUUUUUUCUGAUUAAGGAUUGUUUUAAUGUGUUCCUCACAGGUUGGAAUUGACCGGCUUUAUCAAAGAGGUACGGUCUAACAAACAUGGCUCACUUACUGGAUUGUCACUAGAGGACAUCGUCGCUAGUGUCUCGGAGCUGGUUGAACAGAAAAAGAAGGUAUUUUAAAACAAACUUUGAAAGUUUUUUCGUUUUAGUGGAGUCAUUCAGUUUGCGAUUGACUGUCGAAAAUUUCCCACCAUUGUACUGGUUUUGCUUGAAGUUGACUGUGUUCAGCGAUUCUGUAAGAAGUAUCACUAAAAACACUCAACCAAUCAGGUGCAAAACUCGACCCAAACUCGGUCACUUGCGCUUGGUGCUAGAGAGAUCCUUCCGCUUUUGGGUUUGGUUACCUUUGUUUACGUUGAAUACUCAUUGGCUGCUUGUAUUGUUAAUCCUCGUUCUGAUUGGUUGUUGUGGUUACAGCUUACUUAGGGUUUUGGUUUUGCGACACGUGAUCGAAAGACGCUGUGGCAAGUCGGAGACUUGUUAAAACUGAGCGAUGGGAAAUGGCUCCAUUCUACUAUACUUCACGUUUACUUUUUAAUUUGAAAUAUAACAAUGGCAUCUUGAAGAUUUUGAGAUUUCUUUUCCAUUUCAACGUUGUUUUUUUCUUAAGGAAUAAACCACAGUAACUUUUUUAAGAGUUUUCACAUGUUAUGGAAAUCGUUCCAAAGCGUAGAAUUUACAUUUCAUAUUUUCGGUUUAGAUCGUCAUUAGAUUUUUUUCCCAUGAAAACUGGUGAAAGAUGUAUUUGUAUGGGGAAAAAAUACCUUGGUAAAACUGUCCCUUUAUUUUUUGGGGAAACUUUAAGUCUCGCAACCCGCAACUUCUUCUUGUGCCCUCCCUCCUCAGGCUGGUUUGUUACGCACGACCCCUGUGGCUCAUGCUAAGCAACCUCAAGCACAAAAGACCCAACAAAUCCAGAUCUCUAAGCUAGCCUUAACAGAGGCGGCCAAGAUGGCGAUCGCCACAGGGAGCUACGAGGAAGACCCGUGUGUCAUCUGUCACGAAGACAUGAACGCGUCCAUUGAUAUAGUAACGUUAGAGUGUGGUCACAGAUAUCAUUCACCGGUAAGCUCGUUUUCUCUUUGCAGGUAUUAUUUUCCGUACUAUUUUAGUUGUGGAUAUAUAACUAUGAAUGAUGAUUUUUUUUUUCUGUAUCACGGUUCUUAUGCAUUCCGGAGUGAAAGUCUAAACUCAGUCAGUAGCCUUAAACUAAUUUAAUGUGUUUUCAUGUUCCAGUGUAUCCGAAAGUGGUUGUUGGGGGAACAGAGCACGUGUCCAACUUGUCGUGUUCAUGCCCUUCUUCCAGAUGAAUUCCCUCGUCUCAGGUGAACACUUCUUGAAAGUAUGGGGAAGGCGGGCACCCGUUCAGCGUGUGGUGUUCACGCUCUUCUCGGACAUUAGUACUUCGUGUUCACGUGUACGUCACGUGUUUGUUUAAUAGAUAAAUGGCAAUGUGUAAUGUCGAUGUAUUUGAGGGGCACUCUGGAAACUGCGGAGGCGGAUGAGGAGUUAUCUUCUGUCUGUCUCACUUGAUCUACGAGGAGAACGGCAAGCUAACGCUUUUAAGAGAGUUUUCUUUGAUGGCUUGUUAUACUUGAGUGGAAUUUACACACUCAUUUCAUGGAGAAACCUACACGAGUUUAUCGUUGGAGCCCGUCUACUUAUAUUUUUACCUUUCCGGAAUGUCAUCACCUUGAGGCAGAUCAGAGACAACUAUAUCUGCGUUGUUAAGCUAAGUUACAGAUGAAGUGAGUCUUAAUUAGAAAUAAUUUUAAUUAAAAACCGUAGCUACUUCUACUGUUUGGGCUCUUUUUGCCGAGAUUCGGAUUAGCAUACUAAACGUUUCCUCAUUGACGGACAAUAAGGUUUCUCUAUUAACACAAGAUUUCCAGCCUUAUUUCCUAAUUAACUUCGAAACAUUGGCAAGAACUAUUUGUGCUUACCAUGAAUACGAACAACAUGUUAAUUACUUUUUUAGGAAACAUUUUUAAUUUCGAUUGAAAACAAUAAAGUUGGAAACAGUUUGUUUGCUGACAGGCGUUGGGUUUCAAUGGGCAAACGUCACCGCUUGUCGCAACUUUACCGC